AUGUUCUUCUUCGCUGAGGUGAAGGACGAAAUCCCCUCCGUGAACGCGGUACUAUGGGGCGCACUCCUCGACCUCGGUCUGCCCCAGUCAUCCUCCAACGAUCGGUCGGGUAUGAAGUAUUUUCUUGGGGGGUUGCCCAUUGCUGGCCUGAAUCUGCGAGUGCACUCCGCUGUACUGAACGGAGGCAUGGCGGCCGCCCUUCUGCCAAGCCCAGACCCGGCCGAGGCAUGCGCAAAGGUACUUCUAGACGCUAUUCCGAGUCUUAAACGCAUAAACCUGUACGUCGUGGGCUCGGACGAGCACCAGCCGAUUUCAUGGAUAGUCGACGCCGAGCACGGUGAACCUAGCCUUCGUCGGGUUUCGGCAGAGGAAGGGCGAGCGUGGAGAAAAGCACAGGAGGCGACGACCGAGUUCACACACUCGUCGUCCGUUGCGCCCACCGCGGUCACGGCCACGCCCACCGCCAACGAACGCAGCUUGCUUCCUCCCUCGUCGUCGCCGUCGCCCACGACGAGCAGACCGCCCUCAGGCCCAUCGGAAGCGUCCAUUUACGUCCAGCUUCCGGGCAGUGCCGCCACGCGCCGCGCGACGCAGCGCAAAGCAACAGCAACAACAAGCGCAUCGCCGUUGACCUCAGUCAGCCGCGUACGACUGUUCUUGCUCUUGCCCUCGUCCGUCGCACCCUCCUCACGUCGUCCUCCUCUAGCUUUCGCACCGACACCACCACCAACUACCUCCAUCGCGGCCGACGGAGCAGCAACCCCCGUCUAA